AUGGCGAGACAAAAUAUCCAAUGUCUCUUUAUUACGGCCAAUGUUGUCGUGGUUUGCUCUCUCCUAUUUUUCGUCCUGAACAACUCCGCGGUCUUUCAUGAUGCAUCCACGGAGCGAGAGCUAGGACAAGUCUUGGGAACGCCGUUGUGCGACUUGGCUCAAGACGAUGGCUCUCCAAAACCACAACAACGGAAGCACAACGACAAGCUUCCACCUAAUACGCAACCAAAAACCGACAAGCUCGUGAAUGCCCCGCAAGGACCUCCCAUAGAUACCACAGGACGUUCAAUAAAAACCAUUGUACAACCUCUCGUGGAUGUGUCAAAGAAACGGCCAUCAACAAUAAAUGACCCCUAUAAACUUGUGAAUUCAGCAAUGGAUUUCUCUUUGCGACAAUCGGAAACGCAACCAAAACCAAAACAACAGAAACACAACAACAAGCUACAACCUGAUACCCCACCAAAAACUGACAAGCUUGAGAAUGCCCCAAAGCGACCUCCUGUAGAUACCCCAGGACGCUCAAUAAAAACCAUUAUACAACCUCUCGUGGAUGUGUCAAAGAGACGGACAUCAACAAUAAAUGACCCCAAUAAAAAUGUGAAUUCAGCACUGGAUUUCUCGUUGCGCUCUCAUACCCCCAAGGCCACCAAGCGCCCAGUGGAAAAGAAUGAGCGUGUCGACAUCACCAGUAUUUUGAACAAGGCGAGGAAGAAGAAACAGGGAAUUCAAGAAUACCAAUCCUAUGAUCACAUGAAAAAGAGCUUGCGACAAAGGUCUACACACAGGCAACAACCCACAAUGACAAAAGACAACAACGAUGAUGGUAAUGACAGACUCAAUAUAUUGCUCUUGUACGGAGACGACUGGACGUUGAAAACAUUGGGAGCCCUAAAUUCCUUCGUCAAAACCCCCAAUCUCGACAAACUGGCAGAACGAGGCAUGCUGUUCACCCACAACUGCGUCACCACGUCCAUUUGUAUGGUCAGUCGAGCCACUCUUUACACGGGGCAAUACGCCAGUCGACACAAAACCUACAUGCCCGAAGACCGGAACAUGUACGCCAAGGGAGUCUGGAACGAAACUCUGUUUGAUCUAUUGAAACAACACGGAUACCACACGGGAAUGGUAGGCAAGUGGCAUCAUACUCAACCACCCAUUCGUACGUUCAACACCUUCAAAAACUAUCACGGCACACACUACAUUACACGCAAGGAGACCAACGAAACCAAGCACAUUACGCAAUGGAACGAAGAAGAUGCACUCGAGUUCUUGGAAAAGCGUCCAAGGGACAAACAUUUUGCCUUGAUGGUGUCAUUCUUUGCCAUUCAUGCGGAAGAUGGAAGCCGAGAACGAUACCGACCGCAAAACAAGAGCAUGGGUCUCUAUCUUGAUGAGGACGUUCCCAAACCAAAGACGGCCACGGACAGACACUUUCACCUCUUGCCCCCCUUUUUCGACAAUCAAAAAAACUUUGGACGUGGACGAUGGAAAGGACGCUACAAUACACCCACUCUAUUCCAGAAAAUGAUGAAGAACAUGUAUCGAAUGGUAACCGAAGUGGAUCAAACAUGUGGUCGAAUCUUGGAAGAGCUCGACAGGCAAAACGUAACGAACCAGACGUUGGUGAUAUUCACCACGGACAAUGGCAACAUGCAUGGCGAACACGGGUUGGCCGAGAAAUGGUUCGCGUACGAAGAGUCGAUCAGGGUGCCCUUGAUCAUUCAAGAUCCUCGAAUGCCCAAGACAAAGGUUGGGCAGCGCAAUGAUGACUUCACGCUGAGCAUCGAUCUUGCACCCACAAUUCUCAGCGCGGCCAAAAUACCCGUCCCAACAGUAAUGCAGGGAAGAGACAUGUCCCAACUCUACCGAUCGAGUAUUCCAAACGAGCUCCAAUGGAGAGACGAAUUCUACUACGAAUGGUUCACGGGCAACAAGGACGACAUCCCUGCUAGUCUGGCUUUGGUCCGAAAGAACGCAAAGUACAUCUUGUGGCCUGACUACGACUACGAGCAGCUCUUUCGGCUCGACAACGAUCCUUUUGAAGAAAACGACCUGUAUCAAUCCACCUUGAAGACUGACAAGGCCCUACUUGAGACGAUGAAGACCAGGAUGGAGGAACUGAAGCAACUUGCGGCCGCGGGAGUGUCACUGUAG